CCGCUUCCGGUGAGGCUUCGUACUUGCGAUGGCGGCCCCACAGCCCGUUUGCAGCUUCCUCUUCAAGAAGCGUCGCCCCGCGCCCGGGAGGGGCCAGCGCAAAAGGCCGGGCAGCGACCAAGAGCCCGGGAGCAGCAGUGAUGAAGGCAGCGCGGUGGUCAGGAAGGAGAGACACAAGGAAGUUUCCAACCCAAUGAUUCAGAAGACCAAGAAAAGUGUGAAAGACCAUACCUCAUAUGCGUCAAGCAGUAGCGAGGACGAGGGCAAGUCUAAAAGAAUUGGAGUUGCAUAUAAGUCUACAAGAUCUGCGAAACCUGUAGGUCCGGAGGACAUGGGCGCAACAGCUAUAUAUGAGCUGGACACAGAGAAAGAGAAAGAUGCACAAGCCAUUUUUGAACGCAGCCAGCAAAUACAGAAGGAACUUGAAGGGAAGGAAGACGAUAAGAUUUACCGUGGGAUCAAUAAUUACCAAAAGUAUGUGAAGCCAAAAGAUACGUCCAUGGGGAAUGCUUCCUCAGGCAUGGUAAGGAAGGGACCCAUACGAGCCCCAGAGCAUCUGAGGGCCACUGUGCGAUGGGACUACCAACCUGACAUCUGCAAGGAUUACAAGGAAACUGGGUUUUGUGGAUUUGGAGACAGCUGCAAAUUCCUCCAUGACCGAUCAGACUACAAGCAUGGCUGGCAGAUUGAACGAGAAUUGGAUGAGGGACGCUAUGGAGUUAAUGAUGAUGAAAACUACGAGGUGAGCAGUGACGAUGAAGAACUGCCUUUCAAGUGCUUCAUUUGCAGGAGCUCCUUCAAGAAUCCUGUGGUGACCAAGUGUAAACAUUACUUCUGUGAGAGCUGUGCCCUGCAGCAUUAUCGGAAGUCACAGCGAUGUUACGUAUGUGACAAGCAAACAAACGGUGUCUUCAACCCAGCCAAAGAGCUGAUAACAAAGCUGGAAAAACGCAAGAUUGAAGAGGGACUCCCAGAUGAUGUGGAAGAGCCAAUGACAUUGCUCAGCCCUCAUUCCCCACCCCCUUCCCUGCCUUCAGAAACUAGUUCUGUGGCUGAAUAAAUAACUUAUACACAAAUGAGUUAGCUUAUCACGCAUUGUUCUUCCAGGUAAACCUAGCCUGUGUGAUAGGGACUAGCUUGCUUCUCUACACACAGCUCCUGGCACUUUAUGUUAAACAAAACAAUUUGGGGAGGGGAGCAUUGCUUCUAUCCCAGCAGCCUUCACAUUUUGAAAUCAUUUUAUAGCUAACGAAGAAUGUAUUCCAUUGUUCUGCUUUUGUAGUCUGGAGAGUUUUAGCCUCCAAUAUUGGGCUUCUCCUGUAUUGCACAACAUCCAGCAUAAGUUCAUUAUAUUCUAGUUGGUCCUAAUAAAUGUAUUAUCUUUAAAAAGGUAGUUUAUACUUUAUAGGACUUAUUAUAAUAAAAAGCAAGGCCAUUGCUUUAGUGAAUCACCUCUUCCAUCUUACCUCCAUUCUGCUUCAAUAACUGAACUUUGUCUCAGCAGAAACAAGAAGGAAAAGUUCACUGGUUAAGUUAGCAAGACCCAGGCUUUAGAACUAUGUCCCACAAAUAACCCAGAGAUGCAUUUUAAAUAAAAGGACAUAUUCUACUCAUGUAAAAACAUGCUGAUUCCCAGACUGUCCGCGGGCCGGAUUGAAAAGGUGAUUGGGCCGCAUCCGGCCCCCGGGCCUUAGUUUGGAGACCCCUGCUUUAGAAUUUAUAGGUUUAGUCUACUAGGCUUGACACCCAUUCUAUAAAACCCUAUAAGCUGUGCUUCCAAUUCCAGGUGCAUAAAUCUUCUUUGCAGAGCAAAAACAGGAAGCCAGCUAUGUUACACAAAAGUUCUACCACUGAAGAGUGCAUAAAAUUUUAAUUGGCAACAAAACUAGAAGAGCAAACAUGGAUUGGGGUUCAAGUACAGUGUAAGACACACAGGCAUACAUAAGAGUCCUGCAUCUGCUCCAACCAGACAGAUGCAGCAAGAGGUUUGGCUCAGUGCUUGAUUGAGUGAAAAUGAUUAAGAAGAAAACAGCUCCCCUGGGGGUGGGAGAGAAAUGGAAAGAAAAGGCUUCGCUACACCAUUUGGGGAAAAUUCAUAACAGCAAGGAGUGUAGUAGACAGGCAUACAGGGGUAAAGUGUUCAAGGUUCUGCAAGUUUUGUCAUCAACCAGCACUUGUCCUAGGUGGAAACUAAAACUCGAGUGGCAAAGCAUUUUUAGAAUGGAAAGAUACAGUGAACAAUGAACACCCAUGCCCCUAAGAAAAAGAGGGUAGAAUUUUGGCAGAGAUACAGAGGAGUUUUUAAAAUACGUUCAACCUGUGUUGGAGAGACAGCUAGGACCAGCAUCCCUUAAACUCCUUAGAAUGUACUCUGCUGGAAGAGAUGGGU